AUGUCGUCGCACUUCUUUGACACACUCGCACCCUCCCUUACCAGCCGCGCCGCGCCGUCGCCGACGAAUGAACCUGUCGCCGAGGAGGAGGAGUUCUACUCAUCGUGGUCGCUCUUCCUUGUCUGCGUGCUUCUCAUCAUAUCGCUGUGGACGUCGUACUACCUGCAGAUCAAGCGCAUCAGAGCGGUGCAUGAGACGCUGGUGUCGAUUUUUGCGGGGAUGGCGGUGGGCAUGGUGAUUAGGCUCGUGCCAGGCGGGGGCGGGAUGAUAAGGGAGAUGCUGACAUUCAAACAUACGAUAUUCUUCAACCUUCUCCUCCCGCCAAUCAUCCUCAACUCAGGCUACGAACUAAAGCAGGAAAACUUUUUUCGCAAUUCUGGGACCAUCCUCACAUUCGCAUUCCUUGGGACAUUUAUUUCGGCUGUUGGACUAGGCGUCUUGGUCUAUAUUUAUUCAUUCCUUGGGCUAGAAUCACUUGAACUUGGGCUCGUGGAAUGUCUGAUUUUUGGCUCCACGCUUUCAGCAACGGAUCCCGUCACAAUCCUCGCCAUCUUCAACCAGUACAAAGUCGACCCAAAAUUAUACAGCAUCAUCUUCGGAGAAAGUCUUCUGAACGAUGCCGUGAGUAUCGUUAUGUAUGAGACACUAUCUCAUUUCCAUGGAUCUGAGUUCCAUCUGGGCUCUGUAUUCCAUAGCAUCGGACUCUUUUUAGUCUCGUUUUCCGUGUCGCUUUUCAUUGGUGUCACCUUCGGCCUGCUAACAUCCCUCCUCCUCAAGCACUCGCACCUCAGGCUCUACCCCCAUAUUGAGACCUCCCUUGUCGCCCUCUCCGCAUACACCUGCUACUUCUUCUCCAAUGGUCUUUCGAUGAGUAACGUAUCCAUGUCCGGCAUCGUCGCCUUGCUAUUCUGCGGCAUCACGCUCAAGCACUACGCAUACCACACGAUGAGCAGGCGGACGCAAAGGGCGACGAAGUAUAUAUUCCGCACCCUGGCGGGGUUGUCUGAGAACUUCAUCUUUAUAUAUUUGGGCAUGGCUCUGUUCACUAGCGCGCCGCAGGACGCGAAGGUCGGGACAUACAUCAAGCCGAUCUUCAUUGUGAUCACGACUAUCAGUGUUGUCUUUACCCGUUACGCCGCCGUCUUCCCGCUUGCUGAGGCCAUCAACUUUUUUCACCGCCAUGUACGAGGCCAGCGUUCGGAGGAAUUACCGCAUUCGUACCAAAUGAUGUUGUUCUGGGCGGGAUUACGAGGGGCUGUGGGUGUCGCUUUGGCGGCAGGCUUCAAGGGAAAGAAUGCGGGAAUGUUGCGGACGACGGUAUUGGUUGUUGUUGUGUUGACGGUGUUGAUGUUCGGUGGGACGACGGCGAAGAUGUUGGAGGUGUUGGGGAUCAGGACUGGAGUGGAGGACGAGGCUGCGACGAGUAGUGACGAAGAGGAAUCUGGGAGUGGGUGGUUGGGUGGAAGGAGGGGGAGGUACGGCAGGUAUGAAGACGAUGAACCGAGUUAUUUGGCCAACGGGAGGGGUAUCUCUUCAUCGCGUUCAUAUCGCGGGAACCGAGGACGGAUAGGAAUGCACUACCCCGACCAGAACGGACGGCAUCCGUAUUCGAAUGAUUACAACUACAACUAUAAUCACCACCUUGCUUCGCAGGGACAACGAGGCGUUCCACCAUCACCGCUUAUUCCUCAAGGAGCAUCGCCGGGCAUCUUCAGCGCUGCUUCCUCAGACACGGAUUCGGAGGCGGGAGAGGUGCUGCCUAUGGCGCCAACUGCUGGAUUAGGUGAUGCAAGCGGUUCGCGUACUGGUGCUGACGUCAAGGUUAGUCGCGCAGAGACCGAUGAUAGAGCUGAGGAAGGAAGUGGAGGAAUGGCGACACAUCCCAGUGCGGAGUGGUUUCAAGCCAUCGACGAGAGGUAUCUACUGCCGUUGUUCUCGAAUGCGACAGCCAGCAGGACAUUCCACGCAAGGAGAGCACGGAGAGUUUCUCAUCAGAGGACGGCGAGUGGAUCUGCUGACAUCAACGCGUUUGGUGGUGGGCGCGACGAGCGAUCAGGAGACGGGGGAUACGCGAGUGGUCCCGGUACCCCGAUGGAUAGUGAGGAUGAAGGGUUCGAGGGUGCGAGAAGGGGUGGGGCCGUGGACACACGGAGCCCGAUGCUGAGGAGUGGGGGCAUAGGCGAGGUUAGCGGCGGCCGAGCCUCAUAG